CACGUUGAUUCAGAAACUCACGAAGAUGAAGGACCAGCGGCAGUCAUCAUCAGGAAAUCAUCAAGGAUUCAGAACACUGCAGGUGGAGGAAGGAGGAGCGGGCUGAGGAGGAGCACCAGGUCGACCAAACAGAUCAGCAGAUAUCAGGCCUCCAACAUGUUCGACAGCUUCACCGUCAGCAGCACGGCCACGUCGGUCCUGAAGAGGGUGAACUACAUGGAGACGAAGAGGCCGCUCAGUAACAACAAAGACGGGGAGAUCUUCUCUAAAGCUCCGAGGAAGAGAACACCUGAGCCUCCUCAGAUGGAGCUCAGCGACAGCGAGGAGGACGGCGGUGGAGUCGCUGACGUGGACAUCAGACAGGUAGCGGUUGCCGAGGACGACAGCAGCUGCAGCGCCGACCAGAACUUUGACGCCAAACUGAGUGCAGCCUCGUCGCUCUACCAGGGACCCAGCAGUGAGUUCCUGAGGGGAACCUUCAGGAUCAGCGCCUCCGGACCGAACACGACCCGCAGAGCAGCGUUCAGACCAACAGAGAGCAUGAUUUCUGAAGAAGACGACGACUCUGACGAUGAAGUGCGAAACACUGGAAAGGUCUCCGGAAGCCGUCGGCCGAUCGGCCUUCGUACUGAGGAUCUUCUGGGGACUCGCAGGGACAAGAUGAACGCCGGAGCAGGUCUGGCAGAUAUUGAUCCCAUGGCUGUCGACCAAUCGGUGGGGUUUAACAGCAUCGGGGGUCUGUCGGGUCACAUCUCCGCUCUGAAGGAGAUGGUUGUGUUCCCGCUGCUCUACCCAGAAGUCUUUGACAACUUCAAGAUCCAGCCUCCCAGAGGUUGUCUGUUUUACGGACCUCCUGGGACGGGGAAAACGCUGGUUGCCCGGGCGCUGGCCAACGAGUGUAGCCACGGCAACAGGAAGGUGUCCUUCUUCAUGAGGAAGGGAGCCGACUGCCUCAGCAAGUGGGUGGGCGAGUCGGAGCGGCAGCUGCGGCUUCUGUUUGAGCAGGCCUAUCAGAUGCGUCCGUCCAUCAUCUUCUUUGACGAGAUCGACGGCCUGGCUCCGGUCCGAUCCAGCAGACAGGACCAGAUACACAGCUCCAUCGUGUCCACCCUUCUGGCUCUGAUGGACGGGUUGGACAGCCGAGGGGAAGUCGUCGUGAUCGGAGCGACAAACCGUCUGGACUCCAUCGACCCGGCGCUGCGGCGGCCCGGACGCUUCGACAGGGAGUUCCUCUUCGGGCUGCCCGACAGAGAGUCUCGUAAAGAGAUUCUGAAAAUCCACACCAGGCAGUGGAAACCUCGUCCGUCUGACGAUUUCCUGGAAGAACUGGCCGAGAAAUGUGUUGGUUACUGCGGCGCCGACAUCAGGGGCGUGUGCACCGAGGCGGCUUUGUGCGCUCUGCGGCGCCGAUACCCGCAGAUCUACGGCACGUCCCAGAAGCUCCUGCUGGACGUCUCCUCCAUCACCGUCGGCGGCUGCGACUUUGUGGCGGCCAUGAGGAAGAUGCUGCCGGCCUCCCACCGCUCCGCCGCCACGCCCGCCAAACCCCUGUCGCCCGUGGUUCACCCGUUGCUGGGCGCCGCCCUGUGCCGCAUCCUGGAGGCUCUGCAGAGGCUGUUCCCGCACGCCGAGCAGGGGAUGAAGAGGAAGAGGGAGACGGAUCUGACCUCUGGGAUCCUCGAUGACGGCCUGAUGGACGGAGAGGACGACGGCUCCAGCACAUCCAGCAUCUCCACACCCUCCACCUCCAAGAGCAGGAACCUCCUGCACUUUGCCAGGAGUGCAGCCAAACACCCGACGUCGCACCGUCCCAGAAUGCUCCUGGCCGGUCGUCCUGAUUCUGGUCAAACCUCCCACCUGGCUCCGGCUCUCCUUCACGCUCUGGAGCGCUUCACCGUCCACAGUCUGGACUCGGCGGUUCUGUUUGGGGUCAGCGGCGUCUCCCCGGAGGAAGCCUGCGCUCAGGUGUUCUGUGAGGCCCGGCGGACGUCUCCCAGCGUCCUCUACGUUCCCCACAUCCAGCAGUGGUGGGAGACCGCGGGGUCCUCGUUGAGGGCCUCCUUCCUCAGCCUGCUGGGCGGCGUCCCCUCCCUCUCCCCCAUCCUCCUCCUCGCCACCUGCAGCGUCCCCCAUGGAGAGCUGGACCCAGAGAUUCAGUCUCUGUUUCGGGAGGAGUACGGGGAGGUUUACCGCGUCGGAGUUCCCACCCGGCAGGAGAGGGUCGACUUCUUCAGAGACCUCGUUCUGAACCAGGCGGCCGAGGCUCCGCCCUCCAGGAAGAUGACUCAGGCCAUGGAGAUCCUUCCCCUGGCUCCCAUGCCUCCCCCCCGCCAGCUGCCGGAUCAGGACCUCCUCCGCCUGGAGGAGCAGGAGGAGGACGUGCUGCGGGAGCUCCGCCUCUUCCUGCGUCACGUCACCGAGCGCCUGACUCUGGACCGCCGCUUCAAGGCCUUCACCAAACCGGUCGACAUAGAGGAGGUCCCGGACUACAUGUUGGUGGUGAAGAAGCCCAUGGACCUCUCCACGCUGCUGACCAACAUCGACGAGCAGAAGUACGUCACCGUCGGAGAGUUCAUGUCGGACGCCGACCUCAUCUGGCAGAACGCCCUGGAGUACAACCCGGACAGCGACCCCAUGGACCGUCACAUCCGUCACCGGGCGUGCGCCCUGAAGGACACGGUCCGCGCCAUCAUCAGAGCCGAGCUGGACGAGGACUUUGAGCGAGCCUGCCAGGAGAUCAGAGCGUCACGCAUCAACAGAGCCACUUCCUGUGGGAGCGAGACCAACUCAGAGAAGGCCGACAGCAGAAACAGCCCCGGACCUCGACGAGAGCGUGACAACGGGCGGGAGACAGGAGCCAACAUGGCCGCCUUGGAGCAGAUGCAGCUGUUCAACAGGGAGAUGCUCGACAAGGAAACGCCGCCGCUGGUCGUCGAUCACAACAAACUGAGGGGCGUCCUCAGCAGAGCCGUGGAUCAAACGGAGGACCAUGAGGUCGAGCCGCUGGAGAAGCUUCACGCUCUGCUGGCUCAGUGCAUCUACAGACACCGAAACGACCACAACAAGACGAAGCUCGUUCAGGAAAUGAAGAAAGAAAUCGACAGCUUCUCUUGAUCAGGUCUAUUUAAUAAAACCUCAGUGCAUUCAAACAAGUUGUUUACUCCUCUUUUAGUUUUUUGUACAUUUUGAUAAAGACACACAUCGAUUUACCUCAAUAUUUAUUCUGUUCUAAUUAAUUUAUAUUAGAGUAUUUAACAAUGUGACCA